ACUUGAGCUCAGACUCUCCAAUCAAUCAAAGAAUAUUGAUAACAAUUGUCAGUCGUUUUUUUCCCUCUGUCUUUGCAUCAGAGUUUGUCCCUGGGGCAAUAACUGUAGUUGGAGGGGGGGCAGUCUCUCCCCAUCCCCAGCAUCCAAGAGCAAGAAGGUUGUUUUGUGGCUGCUCCAUUGACAAAUUGACAUAGUAGCUGUCCUGUCCUGUCCCUUUGAGGUUCUUGAAGAACAACAUUGAAGGGGAGAUUAUCAAGGAAAGAAGGAGAAAUGUAUGCAGAGACAGGGCUCUUGUUCCCUUGCUUCCAGAACUUCUCCCCUGAAAUCCACCCAUUUGAGGACCCCUACAAAAACCACAAGCCCAAUGCUUCUUUGGACUACCUGGUUCAGGCCUCCACGAUAUCGGAGUACGACUUCGGUGCAGAAGGUGAUCUAUUCAAAGCCCCUGAUGCUAUUGUCGAAGAAGAACCUGUCCUGGGGACUGACGUGAUGGCAUCAGCAUUCUCGAUGAUAUCUUGCGGGGCCCAGGAACUGAGCGCACAUCAUGACAUCGAGUCAUUCCAGGGCAACCCGAUCCUGAGCGAGGUCUUCUAUGAGUGCCAAAAGGAUCUCUUAGCAAAGGCCGCAGUUGAAGACGCUCCAGUUGAUGAACUUAUGGAUAUAAAGAAUAUCCCUCUUGUGCCAAUUGAAGAAGAUGGAUCUGAUAAGGGAUCCGGGAGUUUGUCGUUCCAGAAGAGUGUUAGCUCAGGUUGCUUGAUCUCGACGGAUUGGAUGAAAGGGACAGCAGUGAGUAAACCGAGAUUUCUUGACUUCGUGGAGGUGGAUUUCGGAGCUGUCUAUGGGAUGAGAAGAGCCUUCAGUGAGGGAGACAUAAAGACCCUUGGGACCAGCAACUGCAGCUCUAAGGAGCGCAAGGAGAAGCUUUUAAGGUACCGAAAUAAGAAGAGCAGGAGGAACUUUGGGAGGAAGAUCAAGGUCGUCUGACUUAGGAAAUGCGCUCUAUCUCAGUAUGCCUGCAGGAAGGCUCUUGCUGACAGUCAGCCUCGGAUCCGAGGAAGGUUCGCAAAAACGGAGGAGUGAGAAACUUCCAAGAGGCAAUAAUAGUCUAUCUACAUGGAGGAAGGAUAGUAGGUGAUUAAGUGAUAAACUCUACGCUUCGUAGUUAGGGCUCAGUGACUGUCUAAUGGACUAGGACUACUGCAAAUUGCCUGAAAUUCCAGAUACGUGAUCGUGUACUCGUUGUGCCCUGAUGAUCGAUUACUUCGUUAGGAUUGAUAUAGCCUUGAAAGACUUCAGUUGUUGUAUGUAUAGUGUGUCAAAUAAUGGCAUUGAUGGCCGCUGAUAUGUACAGGUUCGUGUAUGGUCUACCCGGUUAUGAGAAUAAUAUGUCGAAGCAAAUCUUCUUAUGAAAA